UCAUAUCUGUAUUUGUAUCUAAAGAAUGAAGAAGUGUUAAGGGGAAGAAGAAGCGUGAAACAAAGCAAGUGAAGUUAACUGAAAACAUUCAUUUUUAAGAUGGCUUGUUCGGUUUUCUUGAGUUCAUUACUCCUCCUUCUUCUCCCACUUAGUAACGGUUACGUAGCAUAUUCAAAUAAAAACAUAAAAAUUUAUCGCGUUACUGGUCCCAUCGAUCAUGGCGAAGCUCCCCAUUGGGACCCAAAAAGGCAAGCACUUUAUUUUGUGGACGCGUUCAAUACAGGUAUCUAUCGAUUGAAAGAUGGCAUCGUGACAACUCAAACAAUUGGUAACGCAGACUUUGUUGGUACAGUAACUCCCGUUGCUGACACAAAAUCUAAAUUUCUAAUAACCUCCGAUACAAAUGCAUGGAUUAUGGACUGGGACGGGUCGGCUAAUAAUUCUGCUGUUAUAAACUAUAGGAGGCCGUUUAUCAAUGAUUUAGAGCCAACAAAACCAAACAAUCAAAUCAACGACGGGAAAGCUGACACACAUGGGCAAUUUUGGCUAGGUACCCUGACAAGAAAUGCAGACGACACUGUUACAACAACAGGGGGCAGUUUGUACAUGUUACGCUGCGAUGGAACAGCCAAGAAACUUUUCGAAAACACUACAAUCAGUAACGGACUUGAUUGGAACAGUCAUGACACGAAAUUCUAUUUCAUAGACAGCACCAACAGAACAGUCACAGUCUUUGAUUACAACCGUGAAGAUGGAACACUUAGUAACUGGAAGGAACUAUUUAAGCUAUCAGAUUAUCCGUCCUAUGCAUCCGAUGUCAUCCCUGAUGGAAUGGCCGCCGAUUCGAAUGAUAACCUCUGGGUAGCCUUAUAUAGAGGAGGCGCAGUUAUUAAUGUGGAUUCUCAAACUGGAAACCUUAUCCGAGUAAUUAAGAUGCCGGUGUCGCAUGUUACCUCUGUUGCGUUUGGUGGAAAAAAUCUUGACAUACUUUACGUAACAACGUCUAGGCACGGUUUUAACGAGUCCAUGCUCAAUCAACAGCCUUCUGCGGGAAGCACGUUCGCUAUAGAAGGAUUGGGAGUAACUGGAAACAAUAUGAAUGACUAUCGAUACCAAGGAAACAUACAACAGUUUUUUUAGUUAAUUUUAAUUUAAUUUUAAUAAAAGCGACUUUUUAA